AUCGAUUUGUAAACAUUUAAGAUUAGAAACAUCGCAGGUAUCUAAAAGUCUGUAAACACCAUCCAAGUUUCAAUAACUUGAAUCGAUAAGAUAAAUCGUACGUAAUUCAAGGAACGAGUUAGGUUCCCAACGCACCGAAAAAGCCACAAAAAUUGAAGUGAUAAAAUGAUUGUGCUUUUAAUUCUAAUUUUGGAAGUAGUGACCAUAGUCCAAGGCGGGUGCCCCAUCCGUUGUACUUGCACCCAAAACUCAAUAACUUGUGUCCAGUCAAGUCUAGAGUACGUGCCUUAUUUCGAAAGUCUGGAUAACAACCCCGUCAUAAUCGACCUUUCGGGGAACCCCAUAACAUUAAUCGACAUCGACGAUUUCAGCUUUGAUAAAAGCGACCAAGUCAAAGAGAUUUAUCUAAACAGUACCUCCUUAAGCAUUAUUGACGAUCACGCCUUUGACGAGCUUGAAAACUUGCAAGAACUCUACCUCAGCGAUAAUUUAUUGCACUAUUUCCCCGAAGAAAUCAUUCGGAGUAACGAGAACAUGGUGCUAUUGGACUUGUCGAGUAAUUAUUUUGCCGAAAUGCCCAAAAUUCAGUCCAAGAGUUUGGAGGUUUUGGCGAUUGCUAAUUCGCGAAUUGAACGGAUUGGUGAUGACGCUUUGGACGCGUUACCAAAUUUGCGCAUCUUGCUUUUGCAACAGAAUAACUUGAAGAGUGUUAAUCCGGUGAUUUUCUCGGGGAUGAAUAAUUUGUUUUUUGUGGGGCUGGCCCACAAUCCGUGGCUGUGUGAUUGCAAGACGGUUGAAUUAUUCGAGUUUCUGAUAAGUAAACGGUUUGUUGAUGUUACGGAACCGGUGCGGUGCCAAAACGAGAAGAAAAUUUUCGUGGAAUUGGGCGGAAAAUGCGCCGAUUUCAACGUUACAAAGCCGAGUAACGAAAUUAUAGUGACGACCGAAUUUGACAAUGAUUUUUACUACGCUUUGAUGCUUUUUGUUGCGAUUAUUACGAGUCUGGUUUUGGGGGCGACUUGCGGCACUUGUAUCACGUACAAAUUCCUGACUAGGAGUGUGAAGAUGAGCGAGAGUAAAAAUGCGCUGCUUUACGACUUGAGGGUUUAAGUCACUUUUGUAUAAAUAUUUUUUUUAUUUUUCUAACUGUUUUAAGUUAUGUAAAUAAAUGAUGGGUUUCUAA